AUGCCAGUCACUGCAAGCUCGUGCCAGGGCCUGGUGACGACGGACCACAUCAACCAACGACGACUGCAGGAGAACAGUCUGCCCAACUGGUCAGAGCAUUCCUCACUGGACACAGCUGUGAACAGACCAAGGAUCAUCAGACAGCAGCGGAACCCUCCACUGCCUUUUCAGAAGAAGGUCAAUGUCAGCAUCGGACACACCGCUCUCCUCACCAACUCCACUCGAUCACUGACCAUCCUCUGUCCUGCAGAGGGCUUCCCACCCCCCAAAAUCAGCUGGACAAAAGAUGGAGUCCUGCUGCAGCACACUGACAGGGUCUCGUGGGAUAGCUCUGGGGGACAUAACAUCCUUCAGCCCAGAGUGUCUGACAGAGGCCAGUACAAGUGCACAGCUGCCAACAUGCAUGGCUCAGACUCGGAGACAUCUCAGCUACUAGUGGCAGAGCCACCAGCCAUCACAGUGUCUUCCAGGAAUGUUUCAGACCACGGGCUGGUGUCGGGAUGCAGCUUGGGUGCUGUGGUUGGGGAACGGGUCAGCGUUCGCCCAGGCACCAACCUCACUCUGGAUUGCCCCGUUAAUGGAGUUCCUCCGCCCACAGUGACGUGGCGUAGGAAGAGUGGACCGUUAGACCCUGGUGCCAUCUCCCUUCCCUCUGGUUCACUCUGGAUCAGAAACAUUUCUUUGCACAACCGAGGCAUCUACUCCUGCACUGCCACUAACACCAUAGGAAAGUCCACUGCCUCCGCUCUCCUGCAGGUCAAUGAUCCAUAUUCAGCUGGAGGCAGGGCCGUUCCAGUCUUACAAGAGCUGAACAGGAGAAGGGUCCUGUUAGCGUCACGCCGUGGAAAAAGUGUUUUUAUAAAAACCUGGAGUCAUUCUACGCAUUGGCUGUCCAGUAGUUCCUGACCACAAUCUGCCAGUGGGCUGGGACUACAACAACCAGACCCAGAAGGAGGUUACACGUCCAGGCCCGACCCAGGAACCUGGUUUGGGUCUGCAGUACAGGAUCCUGC